AUAAAAUGGAUCCAUCCAACACAAUUUUGAAUUUUCUGAACACAAUUCCAAUUCCAAGGAUAGUAAUUGCAAAUUUGAAGAACUUCAUUGUUAGAAUUACAACAGUUUUGGCCUUGUUUAAUCAUGGUUUUGAUUCUGCCAUGGAUCCCAACCCACUAUUUCGUUCGUCUAAUAAUUAUGACUUCAUUAUUGUGGGCGGAGGUUCGGCGGGAGCAGUCGUGGCUAAUCGACUAUCAGCAAAUCCAAAUUUCAAAGUCCUGCUACUUGAGGCUGGUGGCAAUCCCACCGUGCUAAAUUCAAUCCCAGCCAUGGCGACGUACAACUUGCAUCAUCCUGACACCGACUGGAUGACACCCUCGGAGCCAUUAACCACUUCCUGUCUUGCGUGCAAGGAUAACUUGAUUACAAUCGCGAGAGGGAAAAUUCUUGGUGGUUCGAGCAGCUUAAAUUUUAUGGUUUACAUGAGAGGGAAUCCGAAUGACUUUAACAAUUGGGCGAAGCUUACCGGAGAUGCGUCCUGGUCUUAUGCAAAUGUGCUGCCCUACUUCAAAAAGUCGGAAAAUUACACUGGAAAUUAUCUUGACCCCAAAUACCAUGGAACUGGGGGACCCUUAUCGGUGACUUCUAAACCUGAUGAUCCAAUAAUAAAGGAUUGGAUGUCUGCCGCGAAAGAGAUGGGAUUCAAAAAUUCGGAUGCAAAUGCGUACCAGACAUCAACAUUUGUUCCUGCCGACCUAACCACGAAGGAUGGGCGACGGUGGAGCACGUAUAAAGCCUUCAUCCAACCUGCGCUGGAUCGGAACAAUUUUAAAGUAAUUCGUUACGCGCAUGUCACAAAGGUAAAUUUUGAUUCGUCCAAACGUGCCAUGGGGGUCUCGUAUAUCAAAAAUGGUCGCACAUUCACUGCCACAGCGUCAAAAGAAGUUAUCCUGUCGGCAGGUGCGAUAGGAAGUCCACAUAUCCUGAUGUGGUCCGGAAUCGGGCAUUAUGACCAUUUGAAGUCCUUUGGGAUCCGAGCCAUAUCAAACCUCGCUGUUGGAGAUAAUCUACAAGAUCACGUCUUAUCACUGGCUGGACCUUUCAUUUUGAACGAUACUGUGUCCUAUAUUUCCGAUAGAGAUUUAAGUGUGGGAGCUGCGGAGCUGUACCUUCGGAAUCAUACAGGGCCCUUAGCGUCCGAUGCCAUGGCCGCAAUUGGACUGUUUAGCACGACCCAACCGCCAGAACCGGAUUGGCCGAACUUCAAUGCACUAUUGUAUCCGGUCGGGAUCCACAAGUCAUUCGGGGAAGACUUUGAUUUUAUUUUUGGGUUGAAGAAUGGAACCAUAAAAUCAUAUGUAAAUGGAUUUAUUGGACGGGACGCAAAUCUUCUCGGAUUUAAUUUGGGACUCCCAAAAAGUAGAGGAACAGUUCGUCUACGUUCAGCAAAUCCGCUCGAUAAACCAGUCGUUGAUUUAAACUAUUACAGUCAUCCGGACGAUAUGAAGCAGACGAUUAGUGGGUUGAAAAUGCUAAUUAAGCUUUACGAGGAAACUGAAGCUUUUGGGAAAUACAAUGCAACGCUAAUACCAAAUCAUUUCCCUGGAUGUGAACACCACAUUUUGAGAAGUGACGAGUAUUAUGAGUGUUUCUUGAGACAUUUAACAGGGACGACGUGGCAUCUGAGCUGUAGCGCAAAAAUGGGAAGUGAUGAUCAUUCCCCGGACAAAUAUUUUUUUAUCCUACCCUACUCGUGUUGAGCUCAACAUGAGUAGGGUAGGAUAAAAAAAUAUUUGUCCGGGAUCAUCACUGAUGAUGAUCCGAAUGCUGUAUUAGAUUCACGAUUGAGGGUGCGUGGCGUGAAGGGACUACGAGUUGCGGACGCGUCCAUAAUGCCAAAAAUUACUAAUGCUAACUUGAACGCACCAGUUAUCAUGAUUGGAGAGAAAGCUGCGAGUAUGAUAUUAGAUGAUUGGAGUUGAAG